CAGACUCCUGCACUGCUCGGUGGAGCUGGUGGUGGAUGUGCAAGCAACCCAGUGGCAUCUGCUACUCCCUUUGCAAAGACAGAAGGGUGUACAGUUCCUGAGCUGUGCUGACCCCAAGAGCCAGGGAGAUCUGACUGCGGCAUCUCCCUGAGGAGCAGUAUGGAGCAGCCUAACAGAGAAGGCUGCAGCCCGGGAAGGACCCCUCAGGGCUCAGAGUGCAAUAUGGGGAAGACUCAAAGGGACAUAGAGUGGAACCUGGGGAAAAAUCUUCUGGGACCAGACUAUGGGAUGGGGAAUCCUCCUCCAGACCCUGACCCCAAACCCCUGUCUCUGGACCAACCCACACUCUCAGACUUGGGGCAGACCCAGAAGUCACCUCUCACAGGCACUGACAAGAAGUACCCCCUGAUGAAGCAACGGGGGUUCUACUCUGACAUCCUUAGCCCUGGGACCUUGGAUCAACUUGGGAAUGUGUGUCAUGGCCGCUGCACAAACCAGAACUUCCUGCAGCAGUCUGACCUUGACAAGUUCGCCCCGAAAGUCAGAACCUUCGAGAUCCCCGAGGACUUCAAGGAGCACAUAGAGCAGCAGUGCUUCGGGCUCACCACCCAGAUGCUCACCCAGACUGACUUUCCACUGUGGGCCUAUGAGCCCAAGGUGCAGGUGCCCUUCCAGGUGUUGCCAGGCCAGUGCCUCCGCAAGAUCGAGAUUGAGAGGAGGAAGCGGCAGUACCAGAGCCUGGACAUCGAGCAGUUGCUGGCCAGUGAGGGCAUCGACUCCAACAAGCUUAUGCCGAGACAUCCAGAUCCCCAAAAUCCCCAAACCAUAGAACAGGGCCAUGACCCGCUCUUCCCCAUCUAUCUCCCGCUGAAGGUGUUUGACAAUGAAGAGUUUGACUGCCGGACUCCCAGAGAGUGGAUCAACUUGGGCUUGGAGCCGGGGUCUCUGGACAGGAAACCCGUCCCUGGAAAAGCCCUCCUGCCCACUGAUGACUUCCUGGGGCAUGAGGAUCCCAAGAGUCAGAAGCUGGAGUACAAGUGGUGUGAGGUUGGCGUCCUGGACUAUGAUGAAGAGAAGAAGCUGUAUCUGGUACACAAGACAGACAAGAGAGGCCUGGUGCGAGAUGAGAUGGGGAAGCCCAUCCUGAAUGGAGGAGUCACUGCUGAAGGAAGGCCACCCCUUCUGGUCUGUCAGUACUGGGUGCCCCGGAUCCAGCUGCUCUUCUGUGCUGAGGACCCUCGUGUGUUCACGCAGCGUGUGGUCCAGGCCAGUGCCCUGCGUAAGAACACGGAGGCACUGCUGCUGUACAACCUGUACGUGGACUGCAUGCCCUCCAAGGGCCAGCGGAUCAUCAAUGAGCAGAGCCUAAGCAGGAUAAAGCAGUGGGCCAUGAGCACACCCCGGAUGCGCAAAGGGCCACAGGUUCUGGAGCACCUCAGCAGUCUCGCCAGAGAAGUCAACCUGGACUAUGAGCGUAGCAUGAACAAGAUCAGCUUUGACCAAAUUGUCUCUUCCAAGCCUGACACAUUCUCCUACGUGACCCUGCCAAAGAAGGAGGAGGAAAAGGUGCCCAAGCAAGGACUGGUGAGUAUCCCCAAGUACCCCUUCCGGGAGCAGAAGGAGGACUUCACCUUCAAGUCUCUGUUCACGCGGUCUGAGGUCAUCACAGCCCUGAGCAAGGUGCGGGCUGAGUGCAACAAAGUGACCACCAUGUCCCUGUUCCACUCGAGCCUCUCCAAGUGCAGCCGCCUGGAGGAGUUUGAACAGAUCCAGUCGCAGACCUUCUCCCAGGUGCAGAUGUUCCUCAAGGACAGCUGGAUCAACACACUGAAGGUAGCCAUGCGCAGCAGCCUGCAUGACACGAGCAAGGGCUGGUACAACCUCUGUGAGACCAACUGGGAGGUGUACCUCAUGUCAAAGCUGCGCAAGCUGAUGGAGCUGAUCAAGUACAUGCUGCAGGACACGCUGCGCUUCCUGGUACAGGACUCGCUUGCCAGCUUCUCACAGUUCAUCAGCGAUGCCUGCUGCAGCGUGCUCGACUGCACUGAAGACAUGGUCUGGGGUGAAGACCUCAUAAACAGCCCCUACAGGCCCCGGAAGAAUCCCCUGUUCAUUGUGGACCUGGUGCUGGACAGCUCGGGGGUGCACUACAGUACACCACUGGAGCAGUUUGAGACAUCUCUGCUCAACCUCUUUGACAAAGGCAUCCUGGCCACCCAUGCUGUGCCCCAGCUGGAGAAGCUGGUGACAGAGAACAUCUUUAUCAGUGGCAACCCCCUGCUGGAGUCAGUGGGGCUUCAUGAGCCCCUGGUGGAGGAGCUACGGGCCGUCAUCGCCAAUGCUAUGCGCAAGGCCAUGAUCCCACUGCAGGCGUAUGCCAAGGAGUACAGAAAGUACCUGGAGCUGAACAACAACGACAUUGCCACUUUUCUCAGGGCCUACCAGAUGCAGUGCCCGUCGGCUGAGGAGGUGCGAGAGAUGGUGCUCACCCACCUACGGGAGAAAGAGAUCCUGGACAACUCAUUGCCCAGCAGCAUCAUCAUCGGGCCCUUCUACAUCAAUGUCGACAACAUCAAGCAGAGCCUCUCCAAGAAGCGCAAAGCCCUGGCCACUUCCAUGCUGGACAUCCUGGCCAAGAACCUGCACAAGCAGGUGGACAGUAUCUGUGAGGAGUUCCGCAGCAUCAGCCGCAAGAUCUACGAGAAGCCCAACAGCAUCGAGGAGCUGGCUGAGCUGCGCGAGUGGAUGAAGGGCAUCCCCGAGAAGCUGGUGGGGCUGGAGGAGCGGAUUGUGAAGGUUAUGGACAACUACCAGGUCAUGGACGAAUUCCUUUACAACCUCACCACAGAUGACUUCAAUGACAAAUGGGCUGCCAGCAACUGGCCUUCUAAGAUCCUCGGGCAGAUAGAGAUGGUACGGCAGCAGCAUGUCGAGGAUGAGGAGAAGUUCCGCAAAAUCCAGGUCAUGGAUCAGAACAACUUCCAGGAGAAGCUGGAAGGGCUGCAGCUGGUGGUGGCUGGCUUCUCUACCCACGUGGACAUCACGCGAGCACACGAGAUUGCCAACGAGGUGCGGCGGGUCAAGAAGCAGCUGAAGGACUGCCAGCAGCUGGCAAUGCUCUACAACAACCGCGAGCGCAUCUUUGGCUUGCCCAUUACCAAUUACGACAAGCUCUCCAGGAUGGUGAAGGAAUUCCAGCCCUACCUGGACCUCUGGACCACAGCCUCUGACUGGCUGCGCUGGUCUGAGAGCUGGAUGAAUGACCCCCUGUCAGCCAUCGAUGCUGAGCAGCUGGAGAAGAAUGUCAUCGAGUCCUUCAAGACCAUGCACAAAUGCGUGAAGCAGUUCAAGGACAUCCCAGCCUGCCAGGAGGUGGCCUUAGACAUCCGGGCCCGCAUCGAGGACUUCAAGCCAUACAUCCCGCUGAUCCAGGGGCUGCGCAACCCCGGCAUGCGGAACCGGCAUUGGGAUAUACUGUCAAAUGUGAUCAACAUCAAUGUCAGGCCCAAAGCCAAUCUGACCUUUGCCCGCUGCCUCGAGAUGAACCUGCAGGAUCAUAUUGAGAGCAUCAGCAAGGUGGCCGAGGUGGCCGGCAAGGAGUAUGCCAUCGAGCAGGCACUGGACAAGAUGGAGAAGGAGUGGUCGUCCAUUCUCUUCAACGUGCUGCCCUACAGGGAGACAGACACCUACAUCCUCAAGAGCCCAGACGAGGCCUCACAGCUGCUUGAUGACCACAUUGUCAUGACCCAAAGCAUGUCCUUCUCACCCUACAAGAAGCCCUUUGAGCAACGCAUCAACUCCUGGGAGAACAAACUGAAGCUGACCCAGGAGGUGCUAGAGGAGUGGCUGAACUGUCAGCGGUCCUGGCUCUACCUGGAGCCCAUCUUCAGCUCUGAGGACAUCAACCGGCAGCUGCCUGUGGAAAGCAAGCGCUACCAGACAAUGGAGAGGAUCUGGAGGAAGAUCAUGAAGAAUGCCUACGAGAACCGGGAGGUGAUCCAUGUAUGUGCUGACCAGAAGCUACUUGACAGUCUGCGGGACUGCAACAAGCUGCUGGACCUCGUGCAGAAGGGCCUCAGCGAGUACCUGGAGACCAAGCGCAGUGCCUUCCCCAGAUUCUACUUCCUGUCAGACGAUGAACUGCUAGAGAUCUUGUCCCAGACAAAGGACCCAACGGCUGUGCAGCCCCACCUGCGCAAGUGCUUUGAGAACAUCGCCCGGCUGCUGUUCCAGGAGGACCUGGAGAUCACACACAUGUACUCAGCGGAGGGUGAGGAGGUGCAGUUGUCCUUCUCCAUCUACCCCUCCAGCAACGUGGAGGACUGGCUGCAGGAGGUGGAGCACAGCAUGAAGGCCAGUGUGCGCAACAUCAUCGAGAGGGCCAUCAUGGCCUACCCCACGAUGCCCAGGACCCAAUGGGUUCUGAACUGGCCUGGCCAGGUGACCAUUGCUGGAUGCCAGACCUACUGGACCAUGGAAGUGGAGGAGGCCCUGGAGGCCAGCAACCUCAGCAGCCAACUGUUCCCACGGCUCUCCCAGCAGCUCAGUGACCUGGUGGCCCUGGUGCGGGGGAAGCUGUCCCACAUGCAGCGGGCAGUGCUGUCGGCACUCAUCGUCAUUGAGGUCCAUGCCAAGGAUGUGGUGAGCAAGCUGAUCCAGGAGCGUGUGGUCAGCGUGAACGACUUCGAAUGGAUCUCACAGCUGAGGUACUACUGGGCGAAUAACAACCUGUACAUCCGUGCCGUGAAUGCCGAGUUCAUCUAUGGCUAUGAGUACCUAGGCAACAGCGGGAGGCUAGUGAUCACACCCCUCACCGAUAGGUGCUACCUGACCCUGACUGGUGCCCUGCACCUUAAGUUUGGGGGUGCUCCAGCCGGCCCAGCUGGCACAGGGAAAACUGAGACCACCAAAGACUUGGGCAAGGCCUUGGCCAUACAGACUGUUGUGUUCAACUGCUCUGACCAGCUCGAUUUCAUGGCCAUGGGCAAGUUCUUCAAGGGCCUGGCCAGUUCAGGGGCCUGGGCCUGCUUUGACGAGUUCAAUCGCAUCGACAUUGAGGUGCUGUCUGUGGUGGCCCAGCAGAUCACCACCAUCCAGAAGGCACAGCAACAGCGGGUGGAACGUUUUAUGUUUGAGGGUGUCGAGAUCCCACUUGUGCCAUCCUGUGCAGUGUUUAUCACUAUGAACCCAGGAUACGCUGGCCGCACCGAGCUGCCUGACAAUCUAAAGGCACUCUUCCGGCCCGUGGCCAUGAUGGUUCCAGACUAUGCCAUGAUCGCUGAGAUCUCCCUCUACUCCUUUGGCUUCAAUGAGGCCAAUGUACUGGCUAAAAAGAUCACAACCACUUUCAAGCUGUCCUCCGAGCAGCUCAGCUCCCAGGAUCACUAUGACUUCGGGAUGAGAGCUGUGAAGACUGUGAUCUCAGCUGCUGGGAACCUCAAGCGAGAAAACCCCAGCAUGAAUGAGGAGCUGAUCUGCCUCCGCGCCAUUCGAGAUGUGAAUGUGCCUAAGUUCCUGCAGGAGGACCUCAAGCUCUUCUCUGGGAUAGUGUCUGACCUGUUCCCCACCAUUAAGGAGGAGGAAAUUGACUAUGGUAUCCUGGACAAGGCCAUCCGCAAGGCCUGUGAGAAGAACAACCUCAAGGAUGUGGAGGGCUUCCUGACCAAGUGCAUCCAGCUCUAUGAGACCACAGUGGUGCGGCAUGGCCUCAUGCUUGUCGGGCCCACAGGCUCCGGCAAGAGUAACUGCUACAGAGUCCUGGCAGCUGCCAUGACGUCGCUGAAAGGGCAGCCGUCCAUCAGUGGCGGUGUGUAUGAGGCCGUCAACUACUAUGUGCUCAACCCCAAGUCCAUCACGAUGGGACAGCUGUACGGGGAGUUUGACCUGCUCACCCACGAGUGGACAGACGGAAUUUUCUCCUCCCUCAUCCGGGCGGAUGCCAUCACCUCUGACACCAACAAGAAGUGGUACAUGUUCGAUGGGCCUGUGGAUGCCGUCUGGAUUGAGAACAUGAACACAGUGCUGGACGACAACAAGAAGUUGUGCCUCAGCUCUGGGGAGAUCAUCAAACUCACAGAGGCGAUGACCAUGAUGUUCGAGGUACAGGACCUGGCAGUGGCCUCACCAGCCACAGUAUCCCGCUGUGGCAUGGUGUACCUGGAGCCCAGCAUCCUGGGGCUCAUGCCCUUCGUUGAGUGCUGGCUGAAGAAGCUCCCCACCUUGCUGAAGCCCUAUGAGGAGCAUUUCAAGACUCUCUUUGUCAGCUUCCUGGAGGAAUCCAUCACCUUUGUUCGAUCCUCGGUGAAGGAGGUGAUCGCCUCAACCAACAGCAACCUGAUCACGAGCCUCCUCAAGCUGCUUGACUGCUUCUUCAAGCCCUUUCUGCCUAGAGAGGGCCUCAGGAAAGUACCCCCUGAAAAGCUGAGUCGCAUCCCAGAGCUGAUCGAGCCCUGGUUCAUCUUUUCCCUGAUCUGGAGUGUGGGUGCCACUGGGGACAGCAAAGGUCGCCUCAGCUUCAGCCACUGGCUAAGGAUCAAGAUGACAACCGAGAAGCUGACUCUGCAUUUCCCAGAAGAGGGGCUGGUGUUUGAUUACAGGCUGGAGGACGCAGGGAUCAGCAACACCAACGAGGAGGAUGAGGAUGAGGAGGAGAGCAAGCAGGUUGCCUGGGUGAAGUGGAUGGACUCCUCAGCUACAUUCACCAUGAUACCAGACACCAACUACUGCAACAUCAUUGUGCCCACUGUGAACACUAUGCAGAUGUCCUACCUGCUGGGCAUGCUGCUCACCAACAACAAGCCCGUGCUGUGUAUUGGGCCGACGGGCACAGGGAAGACACUCACCAUCUCUGACAAGCUCCUUAAGAACUUGCCCCUGGAGUACAUUAGCCACUUCCUAACCUUCUCAGCCCGCACUUCAGCCAACCAGACCCAGGACCUCAUCGACAGCAAGAUGGACAAGAGGCGGAAGGGUGUGUUUGGGCCUCCCCUGGGGCGCAACUUCAUCUUCUUCAUUGAUGACCUGAACAUGCCAGCCCUGGAGACGUAUGGUGCACAGCCGCCCAUUGAGCUGCUGCGCCAGUUCAUGGACCAUGGCGGCUGGUAUGACCGCAAGAGCAUCGCUGGGGCCCCCAACGUCGCCCACUUCACGGAGCCCCUCGUGGAAGCCACCAUCAUGGUGUAUGCCACCAUCACCUUCCAGCUGCUGCCUACUCCAGCCAAGUCCCACUACACCUUCAACCUCAGGGACCUCUCCAAAGUCUUCCAGGGCAUGCUCAUGGCCGACCCAGCUAAGGUCGAGGACAAGGUGCAGUUGCUGCGACUGUGGUACCACGAGAACUGCCGCGUGUUCCGUGACCGACUGGUGAAUGAGGAGGACCGCAGCUGGUUUGACCAGCUCCUCGAGAGCCACAUGGAGCAAUGGGAGGUGGCUUUCCAUGAGGUCUGUCCCUUCCAGCCCAUUCUCUAUGGGGACUUCAUGUCGCCAGGCUCUGACCUCAAGUCCUACGAGCUCAUCACAGAUGAGAAUAAGAUGAUGCAGGUGAUUGAGGAGUACAUGGAGGACUACAACCAGAUCAACACGGCCAAGCUGAGGCUGGUCCUCUUCAUGGACGCCAUGAGCCACAUCUGCCGCAUCAGCCGCACUCUGCGCCAGGCGCUGGGCAACGCGCUCCUGCUGGGCGUGGGUGGCAGUGGCCGCAGCUCCCUCACUCGGCUCGCCUCGCACAUGGCCGAGUAUGAGUGCUUCCAGAUUGAGUUGUCCAAGAACUAUGGCAUGUCCGAGUGGCGCGAAGAUGUCAAGAAGGUCCUGCUCAAGGCGGGCCUGCAGAACCUGCCCAUCACCUUCCUGUUCUCAGACACCCAGAUCAAGAACGAGUCCUUUCUGGAGGACAUCAACAAUGUCCUGAACUCUGGCGACAUUCCCAACAUUUAUACUGCGGAGGAGCAGGACCAGAUUGUCAACGUCAUGCGGCCCUAUAUCCAGGAACAGGGCCUGCAGCCCACCAAGGCCAACCUCAUGGCUGCCUAUACUGGGCGUGUGCGCAGCAAUAUCCACGUGGUGCUAUGCAUGAGCCCCAUUGGAGAGGUCUUUCGAGCUCGCCUGAGGCAGUUCCCCUCCCUGGUCAACUGCUGUACCAUCGACUGGUUUAACGAGUGGCCAGCAGAGGCCCUAGAGUCUGUGGCCACCACGUUCCUAAAAGAGAUCCCAGAACUGGAAUCCUCCCUUGAAGUAACUGAAGGACUGAUUCAGGUUUGCGUGUAUAUCCACCAGUCGGUGGCCAAGAAGUGUGUCGAGUACCUGGCAGAGCUGGCCCGCCACAACUAUGUGACUCCCAAGAGCUACCUGGAGCUUCUCAAUAUUUUCUCCGUCCUCAUUGGGCAAAAGAAACUGGAGCUGAAAACCGCCAAGAACCGCAUGAAGAGUGGCCUGGACAAGCUGCUACGUACUUCUGAGGAUGUGGCCAAGAUGCAGGAGGACCUGGAGAUCAUGCGCCCCCUGCUGGAGGAGGCUGCCAAGGACACUAUGUUCACCAUGGAGCAAAUCAAGGUGGAUACAGCCAUCGCCGAGGAGACCCAGAAAUCAGUGCAGGCAGAGGAGAUCAAGGCCAACGAGAAAGCCAGGAAGGCACAAGCUAUUGCCGAUGAUGCCCAGAAGGACCUGGAUGAGGCACUGCCAGCCCUAGAUGCAGCCCUGGCCAGCCUGCGCAACCUCAACAAGAAUGAUGUGACUGAGGUGCGUGCUAUGCAGCGGCCACCCCCAGGUGUGAAGCUAGUCAUAGAGGCUGUGUGCAUCAUGAAGGGUAUCAAGCCCAAGAAGGUGCCUGGAGAGAGGCCAGGCUCCAAGGUCGAUGACUACUGGGAGCCAGGCAAGGCGCUGCUGCAGGACCCAGGUCGCUUCCUCGAGAGCCUCUUCAAGUUUGACAAGGACAACAUUGGGGAUGUGGUAAUCAAAGCCAUCCAGCCAUAUAUCGACAAUGAAGAGUUCCAGCCAGCUGCCAUCGCCAAGGUGUCCAAGGCCUGCACCUCCAUCUGCCAGUGGGUGCGCGCCAUGCACAAGUACCACUUUGUGGCCAAGGCCGUGGAGCCUAAGCGGCAAGCCCUGCGGGAGGCCCUGGAUGACCUGGAGGUAACACAGAGGAUCCUGGAGGAGGCGAAGCAGCGUCUGUUCGAGGUGGAGGAUGGCAUCGCCACGAUGCAGGCCAAGUACCGAGAAUGCGUUGCCAAGAAGGAAGAGCUGGAGCUGAAGUGUGAGCAGUGUGAGCAGCGGCUUGGCCGCGCUGACAAGCUCAUCAACGGGCUAUCGGAUGAGAAACUGCGCUGGCGGGAGACGGUGGAGAACCUGGAGCACAUGCUCAACAACAUUUCUGGCAACGUGCUGGUGGCUGCCGGCUUUGUGGCCUACCUGGGCCCCUUCACGGGCCAGUACCGCAUGGCACUCUACCACCAGUGGGUCAAGCAGCUCACAAUCCACCAUGUCCCGCACACCUCUGAGCCAACGCUAAUCGGGACGCUGGGGAACCCUGUGAAGAUCCGCUCGUGGCAGAUUGCUGGCCUCCCUAAUGACACACUGUCAGUGGAGAAUGGGGUCAUCAACCAGUUCUCCCAGCGCUGGACCCACUUCAUUGACCCUCAGAGCCAAGCCAACAAAUGGAUCAAGAACAUGGAGAAGGACAAUGGGCUGGAUGUGUUCAAGCUGAGUGACCGCGACUUCCUGCGCAGCAUGGAGAAUGCCAUCCGCUUUGGCAAGCCAUGUCUUCUGGAGAACGUGGGCGAGGAGCUGGACCCAGCCUUGGAGCCCGUGCUGCUCAAGCAGACAUACAAGCAGCAGGGGAACACUGUGCUAAAGCUGGGGGACACGGUGAUUCCCUACCAUGAGGACUUCAGGAUGUACAUCACCACCAAGCUGCCCAACCCACACUACACACCUGAGAUCUCCACCAAACUCACCCUCAUCAACUUCACCCUCUCGCCAAGCGGCCUAGAGGACCAGCUCCUGGGCCAGGUAGUGGCUGAGGAACGACCUGAUCUGGAGGAGGCCAAGAACCACCUGAUUAUCAGUAAUGCUAAAAUGCGGCAGGAGCUGAAGGACAUUGAAGACCAGAUCCUAUACCGGCUCAGCUCCUCCGAGGGCAACCCUGUGGAUGACAUGGAGCUCAUCAAGGUGCUGGAGGCUUCCAAGAUGAAAGCUGCAGAGAUCCAGGCCAAAGUCAGGAUUGCAGAGCAGACAGAGAAGGACAUUGACCUCACGCGCAUGGAGUACAUACCUGUGGCCGUCCGCACCCAGAUUCUCUUCUUCUGUGUGUCUGACCUAGCCAGCGUGGAUCCCAUGUAUCAGUACUCCCUCGAGUGGUUCCUCAACAUCUUCCACUCAGGAAUUGCCAACUCAGAGAGGGCAGACAACCUGAAGAAGCGCAUCACCAACAUCAACUGCUACCUCACCUACAGCCUCUACAGCAAUGUCUGCCGCAGCCUCUUUGAGAAGCAUAAGCUGAUGUUCGCCUUCCUGCUGUGUGUCCGCAUCAUGAUGAACGAGGGCAAGAUCAACCAGAGUGAGUGGCGCUACCUCCUGUCUGGGGGCUCCAUCCAGACUGUGACUGAGAAUCCUGCACCAGAUUGGCUGUCAGAUCGGGCCUGGCGAGACAUCCUGGCCCUCUCCAACCUGCCAGCCUUUUCAUCCUUCCCCUCUGACUUUGUGAAGCACCUCUCAGAAUUCCGAAUUAUCUUCGACAGCCUUGAGCCCCACCGGGAGCCCUUGCCUGGUAUCUGGGACCAGUACCUUGACCAGUUCCAGAAGCUGCUGGUCCUCCGCUGCCUGCGAGGGGACAAGGUUACCAAUGCCAUGCAGAACUUUGUGGCCACCAGCCUGGAGCCACGCUUCAUUGAGCCUCAGACAGCCAACCUGCCACUGGUGUUCAAAGACUCCAACUCCACCACACCACUCAUCUUUGUGCUGUCACCUGGCACAGACCCAGCUGCUGACCUCUACAAGUUUGCUGAAGAGAUGAAGUUCUCCAAGAAGCUCUCUGCCAUUUCCCUGGGCCAGGGCCAGGGCCCUCGGGCAGAAGCCAUGAUGCGCAGCUCCAUAGAGAGGGGCAAGUGGGUCUUCUUCCAGAACUGCCACCUGGCACCAAGCUGGAUGCCAGCCCUCGAGCGCCUCAUUGAGCACAUCAACCCUGACAAGGUGCACCGGGACUUCCGCCUGUGGCUCACCAGCCUGCCCAGCAACAAGUUCCCAGUGUCCAUCCUGCAGAACAGCUCCAAGAUGACCAUUGAGCCGCCACGUGGUGUCAAAGCUAACCUGCUGAAGUCCUACAGCAGCCUCUCCGAUGACUUCCUCAACUCCUGUCACAAGGUGAUGGAGUUCAAGUCCCUGCUGCUGUCUCUGUGCCUGUUCCACGGGAAUGCGCUGGAGCGCCGUAAGUUUGGGCCCCUGGGCUUCAACAUCCCCUAUGAGUUCACAGAUGGAGACCUACGCAUCUGCAUCAGCCAGCUCAAGAUGUUCCUGGAUGAAUAUGAGGACAUCCCCUACAAGGUCCUCAAGUACACAGCAGGGGAGAUCAACUAUGGGGGUCGUGUCACCGACGACUGGGACCGGCGCUGUGUCAUGAACAUCCUAGAAGACUUCUACAGCCCUGCUGUGCUCUCCCCUGACCACAUCUACAGUGCCUCGGGUGUCUACCACCAGAUCCAACCCACCUAUGACCUCAACGGUUACCUCUCCUACAUCAAAGGCCUCCCGCUCAACGAUAUGCCUGAGAUCUUUGGCCUGCACGACAAUGCUAACAUCACCUUUGCCCAAAAUGAGACUUUCGCCCUGCUCAGUGCCAUCAUCCAGCUGCAACCCAAAUCAUCCUCUGUGGGUGGCCAGGGCCGAGAGGAGAUAGUAGAGAAUGUGGCCCAGAACAUUCUGCUCAAGGUGCCUGACCCUGUCAACUUGCAAUGGGUGAUGGCCAGGUACCCUGUGCUGUAUGAGGAAUCAAUGAACACGGUUCUAGUACAAGAGGUCAUCAGGUACAACCGCCUGCUGCAGGUGAUUACACAGACGCUGCGAGACCUGCUCAAGGCACUCAAGGGGCUGGUUGUGAUGUCCUCGCAGCUGGAGCUGAUGGCUGCCAGCCUGUAUAACAAUACCGUGCCCGAGCUCUGGAAUGCCAAAGCCUACCCAUCGCUCAAGCCUCUGUCUUCAUGGGUCAUGGAUCUGCUGCAGCGCCUGGACUUUCUACAGGCCUGGAUCCAAAGUGGCAUCCCGGCUGUCUUCUGGAUCAGUGGCUUCUUCUUCCCCCAGGCUUUCCUGACAGGCACUUUGCAGAACUUUGCCCGCAAGUCUGUCAUCUCCAUUGACACCAUCUCCUUCGAUUUCAAGGUGAUGUCCCAGUCACCAUCAGAGCUCAAGAUAAGGCCUCAAGUAGGGUGCUAUAUCCAUGGGCUGUUCCUGGAAGGUGCCCGCUGGGACCCAGUGGCCUUCCAGCUGGCUGAGUCUCGGCCCAAGGAGCUGUACACAGAGAUGGCUGUUAUCUGGCUGUUGCCAACCCCCAACCGCAAGGCUGAGGACCAGGACUUCUACCUGUGCCCCAUCUACAAGACGCUGACCCGUGCUGGAACAUUAUCAACCACAGGCCACUCGACCAACUAUGUCAUUGCUGUGGAGAUCCCCACCGACCAGCCCCAGCAACACUGGAUAAAGCGUGGUGUGGCCCUCAUCUGUGCCCUGGACUACUAGACUUGGACAGAAGGACUGGGGUCAUUAAAUUUGAGUUUUCCAAGCA